CAAUGGUAGUAGUUUUAAGUUUUCUAAUUUGUUUCAACUUUUAUUUUGAAAAUGUACUUUCCAAUUAUUGUAUAAAUUUUAUCAUUAAUUAUUAACUGGUCUCUACAUUUUAAUUCCAUUAUUUAUUUAUUUAUUUUUUUAUUUCAGUGAACUAUCUUCAACGCUUGGUAUGAAACCUAUAUUUUUAUUUUUAUAAUUAUUGUGAAAAAUUAAAAAUUAUGUAGGUACUCAAAAUCAUAUUUCAUCAUCCAGAUUAAAAAUAAAACUUGAAGUAAUAGUUUAAUAAAACCAUUCAAAAUGCCAAAAUUGGAAGUGGGAUGUAGAGUUGAGCUUACUGGAAAGAAUAUUCAAGGCAAUGUUGCAUUUAUUGGCCAAACACAUUUUGAAACUGGAACAUGGGUUGGCAUAAUUUUAGAUGAACCUAAAGGAAAAAAUAAUGGUGUUGUUAAAAAUCGCCAUGGAAUAUCUAAAACAUAUUUUGAAGUAAUAAUCUAUUAAUAUUUUUUGUAUUAAGUAGUAGAUUUAUUGCAGAUUGCAUUAACAAUAAUUUUUUCUAAUUAAUAUUCUUAAUUUAAUAUGUAGGUAAUGUAUUAUUUUGAAUUAUGUUAAUCCAAAUUGUUUUAUCUAGUGUGAUGAAAAUCAUGGUAUAUUUGUUCGCCAAUCACAUCUUACACUUAUUGAUGAAACAGGAGCACGUUUUGAUAUGUCUGCUAGUACAGAAUCUUUGACUCCAAAAUCUUCGGUUAAGUCUCGCAUUAGCAGGUAAAAUGGAUAUUUUUAUGUUGUUUGUAGUAAGUUUAAAACUAUAGUUUUCGUUUAUCUACUUUAAUUUAUAUGGUUAUAAUGCUAUAUAGCUUGCGAAAAAAGAUUGAUACAAAAACGUAAGUUAGUUUAAAAUAUUUUUGAAUAUUUUUGUUUAAUUCUUGUCUUUUUUUUUUUAGUUCAAGACAAUCAUUAGCUGGUUCAAGUAGGUUAAGUAUGAUUGCCCCAAAGAAUAAAGAUGAUACUUCACCAGUAUCUCGUACUUCUUCCCAAUCAUCACUGGUUGGUACUAGCCGUACUCCUUCACAAUCUUCAAUAGCUCUUCCUUCUCGUACUCCAUCACAGUCAUCAAUGCCUGCACCAUCGCGCACAUUAUCUCAAACGUCUCUUGCUGGUAUCGACUCCACAUCAAAACGUUCUUCGUUUGUUGAGGUAAUUAACAUUUUUGUAUUUCUGUACUGUUUUUAUAAUGCUUACACAUUUCCAUACUUCUAUAAAUGCACUUUCUUAUAUUUUGAUGAUUAUUUUUUCAUAAUACUACAGAUACUCAUAGUGUUUAAUUUAGAUAUAUGAUGUUUGACUGUGAUGAAAAAUAGUUGCUAAUCUGCUAAUCAUGAUAGUUCAUCAUACACAGAACUUAGUUAAAUUAUAUUUGUUUCUAAAGAUUAUGUGUACGAUUUAAGUAAUUUAUAUUGUUAAAAAUAAUGCAAAUGUAUAUUUAAGUAUUUCUAUAGUGAUUUAAAAAUAUUAUUCUCAACUGUAAACUUUAGGUAAGUGCCAUAAGUCUUCUGAAAAAUAAUUAUAUUUUCAGCGAUCACCCAGCAAUGAAAAGACGAGUCGAAUGUCUAAACUUAUAUCGCCAAAAGUGAAAUCUGCUGUUAAAACGCCAAUGACAAAAUCAUUGACGUCAUUAAAAGAUGUGUGUAAUUCAAAAGUAAUUUUUAUCUUGUAAAAAAAUAAAAAAACAAUAAAUGGGGAAUUGUAAAUGUUCUAUACAGCUUUUAAUUUAUUCUGCUUUGUGAAUACUUUUGGAUGAUAUUUAUUGGGCUUAAUAAAACAAUAAUUGAAUCAUGUUUAAAUUAUUUGGAUAAAUAAAAGUAAUAGAUACUUAGGAAAUAUAUGUAAAUUUUAAAUUUUAACAAAAAAACUUUUUCCAUUACUUAGAACAUAAUAUUUGUUUUCAAUUAAUUAUCAUAAAAAAGAUUAAAUUAACUAUCAUUUAUUUAUUAUUUAAUUUUUUUAAAUUUUUAAAUUGAGUCUGCGGCCUUAUUUCAAUAUUUCAAUGUUAUUUUUAUUAAAUAUUAAUUAAUUAUUUUUGUAAUUCAAUAUUCACUCUUCUAUUAAUAAAAACUUAAAAUAUUAUUUAGUAAUGGAAAAAGAUCUAUUGAGAUCAUAAGUUUAAAUUAUAGCACUGCAUUAUAUAUAAUUCAUUGCACAUUAUUUGAGCUUGAUAAUAAUAAUAAUACAAAUAUAUGUAUAGAAAAGUAUUACUUGGAACAAAUCAUACAAAUGAAAUAUAAAAAAAGGGUGUCGGGCACAUGUCUUACUUUAUCCACCCUUCUGUGUAAGUAAUAAUAUUGAGUUUGUUGGUUUUAAAUGUUAUUAUUAAAAUAUUAAUAUAAAUAUAUAUAGUUCAAAUACGGUGUGAAAUAUUCUUAAAUAAUAUCUAUAUCAAUACAUUUAAAAUCAAAACUACAACUAUUAAAUUUGUCUAUUUGUCUUGAUUAAAUUUUGAAAAUUAUUUGUAUAUAGGUACACGAAAAAGAAAAGAAUAUUUUCAAUUUUUAUGUGGAAAUUAAAUAAUGCAUUUAACUAUUUAUCUAUAUUUUUUUUUUUUGUUAAAUUAUAAGCAUUAUUUACGACUUAGAAUAUAUUUAUCUUAGCUAUACAAUACUCAUUCUUUAAAAAGUAUUUUUAAACUUUAUCGAAAUGAUUUUAUAAAACUUUUGCUUGGUUGUUUUCUUAAAGCUUCAUGAGUUCAUUAGUACUCCUGUACUGUAUGAUGCUUUUUUAACAUCUUUACUAUUUCAAAAAUUAAAUUUUUUUCAAAUAGAAUAAAUUUUUAAUAAUUUAAUUAUGUAGUUUAUACAGGUAUUUUUGUGUUUAAUCAUUAUAUAUAAUACUGUUUUUACAAAAUUGGUGAAAAUUAUAAUUGUUUUAAAAACAAUGUUAUUUAUAUAUUUAAUCAAUACAUUUCUAAUUUAAAUAUUUAUGAAAAAUAAUUAAUUUAAGGGUUUAACAUUCAUCUGAUUUUGUUCUAAUUUGUACUAAUUUGAAACAAUAUGUUAAAAUUGAGGUUUUUAGUGCAAUAAUGGACUAUUCCCAUUCCAUCAUUCUUCAUGGAUGGCUAGAAAAUCUUGGACUGUAAAAAUCUGCAAAACAAAUGCUUAAAUCAGAAAGUUUUGAGCCAUAAUAAUCCGGAAUACAAAAAUAUGCAUCUGUAAUGUCUUGGACAGGAAAUUUCUGAAAUGUCACGUACAAGAAUAAUCCGGAAUUUUAAAAACACUAUUAAUACUGGUAAUUGUGACACCUGGUAUGAGUAUGUCUAUUCUUCUCUGAAAACUGCCGUAAAAUCAUGAAUCUUAUUUUAAUCUUAAUUUGUCCAUUUUGUUUGUACUAUGUAUGCGAAAUAUUGCCAUCUAUCAGUGUUUUUUUAUUAAAGUCCGAGACAUUACAGUGUUUAUAUUUUUAUAUUCCAGAUUAUUAUGAUCCGGGAUUUCCUGGUUUAGGCAUUUAUGCUUUCCAGAUGUUACAGUCUGAGUAUUUAUUUUUCCAACUAAUUACAGUCCGGGUAUUAACAGAGUUUCAUAUUCCGGAUUUUUACAGUGUCAUUUUCUUGUCCAUGAAUUUGAAUUCCGUAAUUUUACAGUCUAUAUAAUUAUUUUCCGGAUAUUUCUUGUCUAAGACAUUUCAGUAUGAGUAUUAUUAUAGUCUAGGACUCUCUGUUAUAGGCGUUUAUGCUUUCUGGAUUUUUACAGUCUGGAAUAUUCAGGUCAAAACAAUUAUAUUUCUGACCGAUUACAGUCUAAACAUUUACAGUGUUUCAUUUUCUGGAAUUUUACAGUCCAUUGUUUUUUUGUUUGUAAAUUUAAACAUUCUCAAAUUUUACAGUCCAUAUAAAUACUGCUAAUAAUUUUUUUUCCGGAAUAUUACAGUCCGUAUGAUUACUAAAAAUUUACGGAUUUUUACAGUCUGUCUGAUUAUUUUCUGAAAAAUUCUGGGUUACCUUCUUCACCUUUAUUAUUGCUCUUAAAAAUAUUUAUUUAAUUUUAUUUAUUUUAUAUUUUAUUUAUUUAUUUCAAAUUUUUUAUUUUACCAUUAUUAGAGCUUAGAUUUUAAUGCAAAAUUGCAUCUUUUUUUUGGGUGAUGUUAAUCACUAAUUUAUUAGUAGUAACAUAUACUUCAAAGGUGAAACUUUUAUUUUGCAAUUAAAUGUUUUCAGUUUUUAAAUAUUUUUUGGGAAUUUUAUUAGUUAAAAUGCAUAUUUGUACAAAAAAUGAUUUAAUAAUUUAAAAUUCAAAUAUUUAAAGAUAAUCGAUUUUCUUGAUGUUUGGUUUAAUAGUUUUUUUAUACUGUUUGUUAAUUGUUCUAUGAUUUUGACAAUGUUUUGAAUUUUGUAUUUAUUUUUUUUCUGUGAACAAUUUUUUUAUCAGCAAUUUUGCUUCUAUUUACAAUGAUAUCAAUUUUUCUGAAAAGAAAUCUGACUGGGGUGAUACGUUAAGAAGGUCAUUUUUUGAUUUCCUCAGGAGUUUUAUAAAAUGAUGUAUGGAAAAUAUGUACUAUAUUUAAGAAAAUAUAUAAUGCAUAUAUAUUAUGUAAUUAUUUUACUAAAAUAUGACAUAUAUAUUGUUGGCAAAGCAAUACUAUCAACUGAACUCUGUUCAGAAUCAUUUUUUCAUUAGUUAUAAUUAAUUGUUAAGUACAGAUAUAUAUAAAAUUACCCCUCUACUUCCUUCCCAACUCCUCACCUACGACAGUGGCCCACCCACGUAUGAAGUAUGUCCGUCUUUUUAUUAAUGAUUGUGAAAGAUGCGUGUCAGUUAUUAUUAUCAUCAUCAACUUUAUUCUCAAUCGCAUCCAACCAUUACUCUUUUGUUUACUCUUUUCAUUACCAUUACUAUUGUUUCUGGUUUCUCUUUUUUCAUGACACGCUAAUCAAUGCCAUAAUAAAUAUAAUUGUAGGUUUUAGAUAAUUGUCACUUUUAUAACUUAUGGAAUUAAUUAUUUAUAAAAACAAGUCAUAAAGUGAUAUAUAGGUCUUAUAUUAGUGUAACUACUUAGUUUCAGUGUAAUACAAACAUAUUUUUGUUUUUAAUUUGUAUAUUACAUCACAAUAUAAUGUGAAUUUAGUACAAUGUAGAUAAUCAGGAAACCCGAUGAUGGCAUUGUACCAAAACAGUAGUUAUGGAUAUAUAAAUAUUAUAUAACACUUUAAGACUUGUUUUUUUAAAAUAAUUAAUUCCAUAAUAAAUAUGAAACGAAAAUUGUAUAGGUCAUUUCUUAAGUGCAUUUUUGGCUAUUUUUUUAGAGCAUUUUUGAUUGUUUUUAGUUUUCAUUUAAAUUGAGACUUUAACUGCUAUGACUGUUAUGUAUACAGUGAUUAUGAAGUGUAGACAUUUUAAUGGUUUGGUGAAUAUGUUAUUUCAAAUUUUUAACCUUAUAAUGCAAAUAGAGUAAGCCAUUAAAUUUUAUUUUUUCUUGUUAUAAGUAAUAUUUAUGUGGUUAAGUAAAAAAAAAAAAAAACGUGCGAGUUUGUGCUUGUUUAAUUAAUGUUAUAAACAUUUUUCGCAAUCGACCGGUAGAUCGCAAAUGAUUUAAAUGUUGAUCACCAUUUUGUUAGACUUUAUUUUUAUAUAAUUAGUAGAUAACAAUUGCUGGUCACAUUUAUCUUAAUAUAUAUUUUCUUUAUUUUGUUGUAAAUUUAUCAAAUAAUACAGUUCAACAGAGUUUAUCCUGACAAUUGUAUUUACAAUAAUAUUAUAUUAGUCUUAAUAAUAGUGUGAUAAAAAACAUUAUUUAACCAUAUAUUUUAGUUUUAUUAUUUAGUACGUGUAUGUUUAUUAUUAAUAUCUAUUAUUAGAUAAUUUAUAAUUAUAUAUUUUUGUUAGAAAGUCGAUUCUCAAAGAAAAAAUAUAUUCUUAGUAGAUCUCUAUCAAAACAAGUUUGAUCAUCCCUGCUGUAUAUUUAUUAAAUGCAAAUGGGAUUAAAAGACACAAUACAAAUAAAGUUUUUACAUUCACAUUUCACAUAAUAUUUAUUGUUUGUAAUCAAUGUAUUUUUUUUAGGUUAGUUUAUUUUAAUAAAUAUAAUGUUAAUAUUAAUAUUAACAAAAUUAAUAAAGUAACAAAUUAAAAUCACUAAAAUUUUGGUAUUUAUUAUCCCAAGAAGUGUAAAAAGAAUUUCUAGGGGAUUUUUUUUUAUUUAAAUAAUUUAAAAUUAUUAAAAUAUUUAAAUUUUUGGUUAUACAAGAAUUGAAUGAAGUACUUAGUUACUACUAUAUAAAUAGUACCAUAUUGUUUUAUUUUAAAUUUGCAGUAAAUAUUACCUCUGUUUUAAUUGAUAUUUUACUGGUAAUAUUCAUUGAGUAAAUGGAUUUAUGUAAAUAACUUAUAUAAAUUUUGAUUAAUAUAUAAAUUUUAUAAUACAAAACAACAAAUAUCUUUGAUUGUUUUCAUUAAAAAGGAAUUAGUUUUAUGUACAAAAUAUAUAUUUGUGGAUUUGAUAUUUACCUAUACUUAAAAUACUUUUUAUAAUGGAACUUCUUGGAUAUAAUUACUAUUAGAUCUGCACUAAGUAAAACAUUAUAAACCAUUUUAUAAUUUGUAAAUUUAAAUGAGAACCCUUAACAGUAAAUAUAUAAUAUUUAUAUUGCAUGAAUUAUUAUUGUUAUAAAAACUUAAGCAAUGGAAGUCUUAACUGUUUUUUUUUUUAUUAUGUAAAUAUUAUUUGGUAUUGUGAAUUUGCACGUUUGCUUUUGUGCCAUUCAUUACUGUUUCUGUUGGCAAUAACAUUAUAAUAGGACAUUACCAGUGCACGAGUGUCAUAACUCAAAAGUUGUAGUCAUAUAAUUUAUACUUCAAUUUUUAUUUAAUUAAUACACAAUUAAAACCUGAAUAUGAAAAAUCUUACUGAAAGAAGAUAAUCAUAUUUUUCUUAAAAAAGGACUUACAUUUGGAUACUCAAAUACAAAAUGUGUUUUAAUUAUGGGUUAUGUCCUUAUUGCACUAAUAUAUAAUGUUUAUAAUUUUAUUUUUAUUGUAUUCAUACAAUUUGUAUUUCAUUAUUUAAUAGACUGAAUUUGUUGAAGCCCUUAAACCACAUUACACACCAGGACAAGCUGUUUCUCCUAAUGUUCUUGCAACCACUCCUACACAAAGACCAUCUCAUAAUAUGGCAGAUGUUGCUGAAAUUCAAAAUUUAAAGGAUCAAGUACAAGAUUUAACUGAGAAAUUGGAUGUGGUCAAAAGUAAAAAAAAAAAUUAUAAUUAUAUAAAUUUCUAUUUAAUAGUAAAUUGGAAAUAUUAUUUUUGUUGAAUAGCAAGAUUAAAAGAAAAAACUCAUGAUAUUGAUAUGAUGAAGCUUCAGUUAGACCAAGCAUCAGAGUUUAAAAGCAAAAUUAUGGAAUCACAUUCAUCAUUAAAAAAAGAACUAGAAAAGGUUAAAAUGGAAAAGCAAGAUGCUUUAGAAGGAAAAGAUGAAUAUAAUGAAAUGGCAGAGACUUUAGAAAUGGCAACUCUUGAUAAAGAAAUGGCUGAAGUUAAGGCAGAAACACUUCAACUAGAAUUAGAACAAGCAAAAGAACGCAUUGAAGAGUUAACAGUAGAUUUAGAGCUCUUAAAAGCUGAGUUAGAGAAAGGAGGUGGUAGUGAAGAAUCAGAUGGUGCAAAUUCUUUCAAAGUCAAACAACUUGAACAACAAAAUUUGCGUUUAAGAGAUACCCUUGUCAAGUAUUAUAUCCUAUUGCUUCAUUUUAUUUUAUUUUGUUCUUAUAGAACAUGUAUUAAUUUGUUUGUUGUAGAUUGCGUGACUUAUCAGCACAUGAGAAACACCAAACUCAAAACCUGCAAAGAGAAAUUGAAGAAAAGACAAAGCAAUGUAAUGAUUUGCAAAAGUCAAAUGAAAAAUUAACAGCAAGAGUUGAAGAACUUGUAUCUCAAGUUAAUGAUUUACAUGAACAGGUAAAAUAUUUUAUUAUUCAUCCAAAAACAUAAACGUGAAAAAAUGGACAAAGUUAGGUCAAAAAAAGUUUGCCUGCUUAGGCAAAUAGGUGUCAAGUUUAAAUUUAUAUACAUUUACAUAUUAUUUAAUUUUUGGGCUCAUUCAUUAUCAUGCACCCAGAUCUUAAAAAAUGAAAAUAAUUUUUUAUGUAGUUUGACUAAUAUUUAUAGGUUGAUGCUGCUUUGGGCGCAGAGGAAUUAGUUGAACUUUUAGGUCAACAAAAAUUGAAUUUAGAAGAUAAAGUGGCAGAACUAGAAGAAGCAGUUAAUGAUCUAGAAGCUAUACAAGAUAUUAAUGAUCAACUCCAAGAGGAUAGUAGAGAAUUGGAAAUGCAAUUGCGUGAAGAAUUAGAUCUGGUUAAUGCUAAUAUCAGAGAGGUAUGAGUAAUAGAAAUUGAAAAAUAAUUACACAGUUUUUAUUAAAUAAAAUUAUUUUAUAGUGUGUUAAAGAAAAAGAACGAGCCUUGGAAAGUUUAGCUGAUAGAAGUUUAGUUAUUGUAAAGUUUAGAGAUUUGGUAAACGAACUACGGGAGCAAAAUCAAGAUCUACAAACUCAAUUGAUGAAAGAAUCGGCAUCAAAGGAUGAAGUUCGAUCAUCUAUACCAGAAAUGCUUGACUUUAAGGUUGGAUAUUGGUUUAAAUAUUUACAAUAUGAAAAUAUAGAAAAUAUAUUAAUAUAUAUACAUAUAUUAUUUAUUAGAAAAUGUUUGCUGAAACCAAAGCUCAUAGUCGAGCAAUUGAUUUGGAAUUACGUAGAAUGGAAACACAGGAAGCACAACAACACAUUCAAUAUUUAUUAGCUUAUAUGCCAGAUUCAUUUAUGUCUCUUGGAGGUAAGAUUAUUAAACUUGAAUAUUAUAUUUGCACAUCCUAUUUGUAUAUUGUGUGAAAUUGGUUUAUUUUAUUACUUUUUUAUUGUUUAAAAUUAACCAUACUAUGUUUAAUAACUAGCCAUUAAAUAUUUUUAUUGUAUAUUAAUUUUUAUAUACUAGGUGAUUAUGAUGCAAUACUAUCUCUUUUAUUAUUACCACGCAUGAUUUGGAAGAGUGAAAUACUUAUGACACACGUGCGUGAUAAAUAUCCCGAUGUUCAAGAAAUUACUAAAGAAACCCUUAUAAAAGAUCAUUCUGCUGAGCAAUUUGCUACUCGAUCUCGUCUAUCUUUCUAUUUAUACAGUCUGCAGGUAUAUAAUUUAUAAUAUCAACUAUAUUUUUAAUACAAUAAUUAUUAUAUCACUAGUUUAAUUAAAUCUUAGGCUGCAUUACGACAAUUUGUUCAUGGAUUAAAUACAACUACACCCGAAACUUUAAUAAAAGUUGGUGAAUCAUAUCCUGAUAUGACAAUACAAGAAAAAGUUUUAAAUGGGUAUAUAGAAAUGUUGAAAAUCGAUCAGGUCAGUUAAAGUUCUUAAAUUUAAUUAUACAUUUAAUUUAUUAAAUGUAUUAUUUAUACCUAGUUGGAUGAAAAUGUGAAUACAGAAAAUUUAGAACGGUGUGUAGCUUACUUUAAAUAUGUGUAUACACCUCUCAUUCAUGAUUUCAAUCCACAUUAUGAAUAUUUAUUAUUAGAUAAUGUUUUGGUUUUGACAGCAGCUUGUAAUACCAUUCAAACAGAUGCAAAUAUAAUUAAAUGUGUUAUACAAGUAAGCAUAGAACAAAAUGCAACUAUACAUUUCAUAAAUGUGAAUAUAUUUAAAUUUGUAUACAUUUUUUAGUGUGAUAGUGACUCUAGUAUUCUUAAAUUUUGUGAUGAUGUAUUAGUUGCUUGUGAAGUGAUAAAUCAACAUUUAAAACAAAUUAAAAAACGUGCUGAUGUCAACAGUAUUAUAAAAUCAGAUUUAAGUGCAUGCACCCAAUUUGCAGAAAAAUUAAUUACUGUGUUAAGAGAAACUGCUAAAAGUGCAGUUAGUCAAAUUUCCCUAGCUACAGGUAUUGUUGUAAAUACGUUUAAUUUACCUAUUUUUUGCUUUACUAUGCAAAUAUUUUAGAUGAUAAAAACGUAAAUAGUGAAAAUAUUAUGCAAGUAAUGUUAAACUCGGUUGAAAAAGUAUUUGAAAAAGAAGAAUCAAGUAAAGGAGUUACUGUUUGUCUAAAAAUGUGUAUUUCUACUCUGGCCAGUGAAAUCGCUAAUGCUGCACAAGCUAUUCAAGAGGCUGAUUUGACAUUAGCUACUACUGAUACAUCUAAAGUAAAAUUUUAGUUUUAAAGUUUAGGUUCAUUUUAUAGCUAUAAGUUGAAGUUCAAACUAAAUUAAAUAUCCCAGAUUUGAUUUGGUUUAUAAUUUGCCCAGCAAUAGAUUAAUAAAAAAAAUCAGUUAUGACCUUUAUGCGGAUCCCCGUAGUUCUCUGCAUUGAUAUACUACACAUGUACAUAUAUUAUCAUUCAGACAAAUUUACAGUUUAGAGACAACCUAUUUAAAAUAUUACGUUUUUUAUAUGAUUAAAAUUGAAUUUUUUUUUUAAUUCUCAUAAUUUACUAUGGAAUUAGAAGUUUUAACUUAUUGAUGUCAAAAUAAAAAAAAAUAAUAAUAAUAAUAAAAGUUUAAUUAAAAUAUAAUUUUUGAAAAAUAUAGGUUUAGUUCAUAAUUGAAAUAUAUUUCAGGUUAUUGCACUAGUGCUCUUUUACAAUGUUUCAUUUCACAUGAAUAUUAAAAAUGGCAGCAUAGUGGCCUAAAUGUAUGAAAAUAUGACUAAACUUAAUAAUUUAUUACAUAACACAUGACCGUGUGGCUAUGUGAAAACAGUUUUACUCUAACACCACCAUUUUAUUUUUAAUUUGAUAAUACCAGAUCAUAAUAUAUGCAAUAACCUGGUAUAUUUCAAUCAUGGUUUAAAUCAUUAUUUUUCUUUUUCUCCGCCUCUUUUUCUAACUAUUAAGGUAAUAAUGUGAUUCAAGUUAUUACUAAUAUUUUAAUAGUUGGAUUAACAGAUUUAUUUUGUAGGAUAUACCACCUAUUACUAAACGGGCUAAACAAGUUAAGAGUGAACUUGAGGAAACUAAAGCAUUAAGAAAUACAAUAAAAUCCAAAGAAAAUGAUAUACUUGAGUUGAAAAUGGCUCUAAGAUCUAAACAAGAAGAAAUUGGUGAACUUAAUGUUAGAAAAGAACUUGCAGAAAAAAAAUUAUCUACCACUAUGCAUGAAUCUGAAAUAUCUAUUGAAAAACUACAGGUAAUUUAAUUAAAUUGUUUAUAGGAAUAUAAGUCAUUAUUUUUAUAAGAUAUAGAUGAUGGAAAUACAUUAUUUGUUUUUCCUUUUACAGAGAAAGUUAGAUGAAACACAACAGCAACUAAAAAGAAAAUCAAAAGAAUAUGAAGAAACAAUGGAUCAUUUACAAGCAGAUAUUGAUUCACUUGAAACAGAAAAAGGAGAACUUAAAAAUAAACUUAAAAAUUAUUCAAAGAAAAUUCUCAUUGAGGGUAUAAAUAAAUCUGCUUCAAGUAAGUUAUAUUUGUUUUGAAUGAUAUAUAAAUUAGUACAUAAUUGGGUUUAUUUUUAGUGACUUCUCCUGGAAAUGAUGCUAAUAAGCCAUACCAAGAAUCUCCAUUUUUACUUAAUGAAUUAAAAUUAACUAAAAUGGCAUUAAAAUAUGAAAUGGAUCAAAAAGCCAAGCUUGAAAAUAAUUAUUGUGAACAAUUAUUUUCUAAAUUAAAACCAUUACCGGUAAGAUUAAUUUAAACAGAAAAUUCAAUACCUAUAUUAAAUUUAAAAUAUUGGUUCUAUUUAAUAUGACUAUAUUAUAUUUGCUUGUAUAUGAUUUUAUUUGUGAAAACAAAAAAUUUAUUGGUAUUUGAAUGUAAAAUGUUUAAAUGUAUUUUAUAUUACUUAAUUUGAAUUUUAUUUUACAAAAAUCAGUACUAAUAAAUGAUUGUUUCUAAUUAAUCAUAUUAAAUAGAACUCAUUAUAAUAUAGUAACUAUACCUAUUUAUGUUAGAGUUUUUUUCGAUAUUAAUAAUUAUUAAAUGAAAAAUUAAUUGUCAAAAUUAGAUACCUGAUGAGCCGUCAAAUGAAGAAAAAUACGAAAUAGCUAAAUUAAAGAAAUUAGGCAAUGAAAUAUUAAAUGUAAAUAUUAUUAAUGACUAUUCUUAACAAAUACAUAACUUCGAAUGCAUAUUAAUACAAUUUAUAUAUUUAUGAUUAGGAUUUUCAUAAAACUUUAACUAAUAUUAAUGUUAUUGAUGUAACUAAACGUGUGCCUGGAAGAAAACUAAUGACUGAUGAGAAUGUAUCUGCUAAACAAGUACUAGACCACAAUUUGCAAUGGAAACAAUUACAAAAGAAAUUGAAUGUUUUACAUGUGAGUAUGACUUGACUUCAAUAAUUUAAGCUAUAUUAAAUAUUUUAUACUUUUAUUUUAUAACUUUUUUUUAAUUUCACCAGGACAAUUAUAAUAAAGAAAUAAUUAAGAGACAAACAUUUGGCCGUAUUGAAACAGAAAUGACUACUUUCCCAACUCCAACUUUAAAAAAAGUAUAUUUUAAUGUAUAUUUGUAAACAUUAAAACAAUGUUUUAUAUUUUUAAUUUAAGGCAUUAGAAGAAGAACCUAUUUUAGCUGCAGAGUUUGUAAUACCAAAACCUUCAAACUGGAAUGGUCCUACAGAUAUAAAAAUGGAAAUAGAUACCAAGACAUUAGCUUUAUUACAACAGCAAAUCACCAAUGCUGCUCAAUUAAAUCCAUGUGUUCGGUAAGUAAAUUUAAAAUUAAUAUUAAAUCUUAAUGAUAUAAAAUCAUGUAUGGUUCUUUAAUUAAACUAAAGUUACUGAUGCAGUUUGAUAUUAUACUAUUGAUACUUAAAUAAAUUCAUAAUAAUUUAGUAAAUGGUAAAGUUUAUUCACCAUCAUAUUAUUUUCUAUAUUGGUUCUAUUUGAAUCUUUAUUAAUCAUUAUUAAUAUCUUCUAUAAAAUAUUGUAUAGUAUGCUACUUUCAAAAUUAUCCUAAGAUGUAAUCUUACUUAUAACAUUAUAGUCAAAUUAAAAACUGAGUAAUACAUUUAUUUUCUUCACUUUCAGUUACAAUUUUGCUUACACAACGGAUGAACUACUUGGUUUUUAAUAUUUUGAACAACCAUACUAGGACCAGCAUUUAUUUUGUUGUAUUUAAAUUAAUUUAUUCUUGUAAUGAAUACAAUAUUUUAAUUUUUUCUAUUGUGAUACUUUUUUUCUGAUGAUACUAAUAACUAAAAUAUA